AUGGCCGAAUUGCGUCCGAUUAGCCUUUGUAACGUGGGGUAUAAAAUUAUUUCAAAAAUUCUGUGUCAGCGGCUUAAGAAGGUUUUACCUGGUCUUAUUUCUGAGACCCAAUCGGCUUUUGUUCCUGGUCGGUUGAUAUCGGAUAAUAUCCUUAUUGCUCAAGAAAUAUUUCACGCCUUACGCACCAAUCCGUCUUGUAAAGGAAAGUUUAUGGCAAUAAAAACGGACAUGAGUAAGGCAUACGAUAGGGUUGAGUGGGACUUUGUGGCGGCUUUAUUACACAAAAUGGGGUUUGCAGAGAUGUGGGUGUCAUGGAUAAUGUUUUGUGUCACUUCGGUUGAGUAUAGGGUUCUUCUUAAUGGCCAGCCAAAUGGCUUGAUUAUUCCACAGAGGGGGCUCCGGCAGGGUGACCCUUUAUCUCCUUAUUUGUUCAUUUUAUGUACAGAAGUUUUAAUUGCAAAUAUUUGGAAGGCAGAAAGGGACAAGCUCAUUACAGGGAUAAAGGUGGCAAAUAAAUGCCCACCUAUUACACAUUUGUUGUUUGCAGAUGAUAAUCUGUUUUUUUGUAAGGCAAAUAGAGAGCAAUGCCGGGUUAUUUUGGAUAUCCUAAAACAAUAUGAAUCUGCUUCGGGCCAACAAAUAAAUUUUUCAAAGUCACCGGUCCAGUUUGGCCACAAAAUUGAUGACACUUUAAAAUCGGAAUUGCAUGAUGUCCUUGGGAUCACAACUUUGGGAGGAAUGGGUUCCUAUCUAGGUUUACCAGAAAGUUUGGGUGGGGCAAAAACCAAAGUCUUUUCUUUUGUUCGCGAACGGCUUCAGGGUCGAACAAAUGGUUGGACGGCAAAUUUGCUUUCAAAAGGUGGGAAAGAAGUAAUGAUUAAAUCGGUUGCUACUGCGGUGCCGACUUUCGUGAUGUCUUGUUUUCGGUUGCCAAAAACAAUAACAUCAAAACUUACUAGUGUAGUGGCAAAUUUUUGGUGGAGCACUAAUGGUCAAACAGGGGGCAUGCAUUGGCUUGCCUGGGAAAAAUUAUGUGUUAGCAAACAGCUGGGUGGACUCGGUUUUCGAAAUGUGGAUGAUUUUAAUUCGGCCCUUUUGGCCAAGCAGCUAUGGCGGCUUAUUGAUGCUCCGGACUCACUGUUUGCCAGGGUCUUCAAAAGUCGGUAUUAUAGGAAUACACAUCCGUUGGAUCCAAUUAGGUCUUACUCCCCAUCCUACGGGUGGAGGAGUAUCUGUUCCGCUCGCUCUCUGGUUAAUAAAGGACUCAUUAAACGGGUUGGCUCCGGGGACACCAUUUCCAUAUGGUCUGAUCCUUGGGUGCCAGCUCAAUUCCCGAGACCAGCUUUAAGUAAGGGCCUGGUAAAGGACCUUUCUCUUCAAAUGAAUCAAUUAAUUGAUUGUCGGACAAAUACUUGGUGUAUGGACAUGCUCCAUGAGCAUUUUGAUCCAUCUGAUGUGGCUUUGAUCCAGGCUAUCCCAUUAGGAGGAAACCAGAGGGAUGACCCUUAUGGUUGGCAUUUCACGAAAACAGGACGGUACACUGUUAAAUCGGGUUAUCACACUGCACGGCUUGAUGUAAAUCGGACUUUUCUGGCUUGUGGCUCUGGUCCGGAGAUUACACCUCUCCUUGCUGGUGUUUGGAGAGCUCACUGUCCUCCUAAAAUUCAACACUUUAUGUGGCAGGUUUUAUCUGGUUGUAUUUCAGUUUCGGCAAACUUGGGACGACGUGGUAUUGCUUGUGAUAUAGGGUGUGUACGCUGUGGAGCUGAUGAGGAAACAGUUAAUCAUGCCAUCUUUACUUGUCCUCCUGCCCGUCAGGUUUGGGCUUUAGCCCAUGUGCCGGUGGGCCCGAUUUCCUUUCCAACGGAUUCGGUGUAUGCGAAUGUGGAUCACUUCUUAGGGCAGCAGAAUCCUGGGGCUCAUGUUGCGGCUUUUCCUUGGCUAAUGUGGUAUAUUUGGAAAGCACGGAAUGCACGUGUUUUUGAAAAUAUUGUGGAGCAACCGGAGGAUAUUGUUAGGGUUGCAGAAGGUGAAGCUACAGGGUGGCAGCAGGCUCAGGCAGAGGAGGAUUUAGAUAUCUAUCACCCUAUCCCUGUAGGUCUAUCUGUCAGGGCGGAUACUAAUUCCCUUCCAACAGUUUUUUCGGGUCACCGCUGUUUCAUAGAUGGUUCAUGGAAAGCAGAAGACCAAUUUGCAGGUGCCGGCUGGUGCUGUACCUCGCUCCAAGUUUUGUCUCCGUUGAUGGGCGCUAGGACCUUCCGACGAAGUCUAUCUCCUUUACAUGCUGAAGCUGAAGCUUUCCUUUGGGCGAUGCGCUGCAUGAUCGGUCAUGAUUUCAGAGACGUGGCUUUCUAUACAGACUGCUCAGAUUUGGUGAAGAUGAUGUCUUCUCCUUCCGACUGGCCAGCAUUCUCGACGUAUUUGGACGACAUCAAGAUUGAUAGGGAAGAAUUUACAUCUUUUUCUUUAUCUUUUAUUUCAAGAAAAGCUAAUGUUAGUGCGGAUUCUUUGGCACGCCAAGCGCUCUUUUGGGACAUCGGGACCUGUCUGAUUCCCGAUGGUUAUGAUCCUCGUCUUGUCGGUCCGGCUAUAGUAUCAGCGCUGACGAGGUUAGGCGUGUCUGGUCCUAUCACCAUCACUGCCAUUGGCAACCUAAAACCCUUCAGUACUGACGUCUUGGAAUCAUUAUCUUCCACUGGAAUCGCUCUUAGAAACGUCGACAAAGGUUUAUUUGGCCUUGUGGCCUACUUGUAUUUUUGGAUUCACCAUAAUCCGUCUCCGGCUAAUUUGAUGUUCGUUUCCAAUUUAAAGCUCUCACCUAGUGUUGGAAUUGAGACCGCCGUAUCUCAGUCUCUUUGCCAGCUAGUUUUGCAAGGAUACAGUAUUUUUUGGGCAUAUCCAUGUAUUCCAGAACCUACAGGCAUCUCCGUGGCCGCUUCUGGAAAAUGGCUCUGGAAAAGCUUGCUGGAAGCCACAGAUGCGGACAAUACAGUGCAGCUUUGA